CCUGUGUCCCCUCUGACAUUUACACUCUCCUGACCCUUGGGAACAGGACAUUGGAGGUCUGGAGGUUGAACCUGGCGUUUUUUCCUAGGGGAGGACGAAUGAUUCAGGAUUAUGUUUUAUUGGAGAUUAGCAGCUAUUUUGCGCCUGAUAUCCUGGGUGGUGAACAGCCGAGCUGUUACGUCCACAUCAUGCUGGAGCUGUACAGACCCCGAGCCGUAUCUGCUCGUUGGCCUCAGAAAUGUCAUUCUCAGAACCAACCUGGAGGGCGGCGAUCAAAAAAGGCUCACAUCUGAUGUAGGACACGCAGUCCUAAUGGACUUCAACUACCGAGAAGGAAAAGUUUAUUGGGUCGACACACACACAGGUAUCCUGAGUCGGGUCAACUUGGAUGGGACACACACUCAGAAACUUCUGUCACUGGGGAAUGGAAUUUCCGGCCUGGCUGUGGACUGGAGAGAGAACUCGGUGUAUCUGAGCAGCAGGAGCACAGGGACGAUCUGGAGAGCGGGUACAGAUGGAGACAACUUAGAAACCGUCCUGAGAGGCCUGACUGAGCCGAGCAGCCUGGUCAUCGAUCCAAACGCAGGAUAUGUGUUCUGGGUAUCGGCCGGUAAGAUGUCCAGUAUCCAGCGCUCGGGUCUGACGGGAGCGCUGAUCACCACGGUGCUGAAGAUCCCAGGCAGAGUGCUGUGUUUGGCCGUUGAUGUGGUGGAGAGGAAGCUGUUCUGGAUUCAGUACAGUGAGAAUGAACUCAGCGCUCUCGGCUCCUGUGAUUAUAACGGCAGCACUGUAAAUGUCAUCAGCCAGAGAUUAAGAACCAAGAUAGAUGUCACUCCAAAGAUGUCACUUUUCUCGGAUUACGUCUACGUGACGGACUCUGCGACACAGAGUGUGAUGAGAAUUAACAGGCACACGGGGCAACCGCCUGAAAACGUGAGCUCCGAAAUGUUCCCGAGCGUUCCAGUCGCUGUUAAAGUGAUCCAUCCCUCCAAUCAGCCUGCUGUGGAAAUCCAGGCUGCGUUCAGUCCAGAUGAGUGUGUGAAUGUGUGUUCCAGCUCGAGGGGUCACUGUAAGUGCAAACGCGGCUUCACGCUUAGCAGAUACGGCAACUACUGUGAAGACAUAAACGAGUGUGCUUUGUGGAAUCACGGCUGCUCUCUGGGGUGUGAGAACGUCCCGGGGACUUAUUUCUGCACCUGCCCCAAAGGAUACGUUCUUCUGCCUGACCACAGAACCUGCAGAGAGAUGAAGCCAUGCGUGGAGAAUGGAACACUUUGUGAACACGCCUGCACACACACAUUAGAGGGAGAUGUAUGUGUGUGUCCAGUUGGAUCCUCCUUAAAACUCGAUCGACGUUCCUGCACAGGGUGUUUGUCAGUGGAUCGAGGUGGAUGUAGUCAGGUGUGUGUGACGUUGUCGCCCGGGAGGUGGGAGUGUGAGUGCCAGCCUGGAUACCAACUACAGCCAGAUGGCCAACAAUGCAAAGCCCCAGGUUUUCCCCCUCUGUUGCUCUUUGCUAACAUGGUGGAUGUGAGGAGUGCGAGUGUGGAUGGACCAGAAAGCAGAAGUCUGAUUAAUGAAUCAAAACUCUCUAACAUCAUGGCUGUGGAUUACGACCCUGUGCAGAACAGAGUGUAUUUUGCCGAUAUCGAGCGUGGACAGAUUGCGAGUGUGUCUCUAGAUGGAGGUGAGACAGAAGUGUUGAUCACUGAUCUCGUCUCACCUGAGGGACUCGCUGUGGACUGGAUCAACCGCAACCUCUACUGGACAGACCGAGGGUUGUCCUCAGUGUCUCGUUGCCGACUAAGUAGUCAGGACAUCACAGUGCUGAUUCACGACCGACUCCUGCAGCCGAGAGACAUGGCAGUUCACCCUCAAGCUCAGAUGAUAUUCUGGACAGACCUGGGUUUCCCCGUGUCUGUGUGGAGGGCGGGUCUGGAUGGAGAGGAGCGCACAGUGCUGAUCGGUUCUGGACUCGUCUCUCCCUGCGGCAUCACCGUGGAUCAGAACACACACACUCUGUACUGGAGCGACAUCGGAGCCGGACGCAUCGAGGCAGCGGGACUGGACGGCUCACACCGACACACACUCACACACGAGCAAGCAGGUCGUCCGUUCGAUGUGGCAGUGUUUGAAGACACUCUGUGGUUCUCUAACUGGGAAGAUAAUCACAUUUACAGUCUGGAUAAAAGAACAGGAAGUGAUGCGGUGCGGCUCAGUGUGGACUCGGUCCGACCCGCUUCACUGGCUGUAGUGCAUCCACUUAUUAAACACACAGGGGCGGACCUUGGUCUCCAUGGAAACGGGUCAUGUGAUGGAGAGUGGACGGAUCAGCUGAAGAAUAAAUUCCUAAACGAUGAGGGUUCCCCUCCACACACAGAGAAGAUGCUCUCAGAUCAGGGUGAGUGUUUCUCUCUAAGCUGUGAUGUGAGCGCGCAGUGUGUGCUGGAGGACGGAGUUUCAGUGUGUCGAUGCCUGAGCGGCUUCACAGGAGACGGACAGCUCUGUUUGGAUGUGGAUGAGUGUCAUUUGCAGCUGCACAGCUGUGAUGUGAACGCUGUGUGUGUGAACACUCUGGGUGGAUAUUACUGCAGGUGUGGAGUUGGAUACACAGGAACGGGAUUCAGCUGCAGUGCGGUGCGUGCUGGCGCCCUCUCCAGGCCGAGCUCUGCGUCUCCACUCGAUGUGACGACUCCAUGGCAGCGUCUGGACAUGGUGGAGACAUGUCCCUCCACACAUGACUCCUACUGUCUCAACGGUGCCGCGUGUUUCUACUUUCCUGAGAUGGAGACUUACGCCUGCAACUGUGCUCCAGGUUACAUUGGAGAGCGUUGCCAGUACACUAAUUUAGAGUGGUGGGAUCUGCAGCAGGCUGAACUGGAGAAGAGAAGAAACACCACCAUUGCUGUGUGCAUCACUUUACUCCUCCUGCUGCUGUCCAUCACAGGCAGCAUCACCAUCUACUACUGCAGGCGCAGGAGGUGCUCAGGAGGUCGAGCUGCCGUGAACAUGGUCAGUGAGACAGGUGUGUGUGAGGAGAGCGGGACUGAAGCUCCGCCCAUCAACCAGCAGUUCUAUAUAGUGCUGGAGCAUGAAGUGUGUAAUGAUGAAAAGAUUCUCAGAGAGGAGGAGUGUGUCCCUGCUGCUUCUCAGAGAGAGCUGUAGGGAAUUAAAAUCUGACAGUCAGAGGAUGAAGGCUGUAAUCCACCUGAGACACAGACAGAGAUACAGAGAGAGAGAGAGAGAGAGAGCGCUUUUUCCCCCUCUCCUCUCAUCUCUCAUCAGAUGGUGUGCGUCUCUGUCUCCCCGUCCAAAAGGUGCACAGAUGAUGGGACUAAAUCAGGAAUUAACAGCCCACUCAAAGGCUUUACGACUGAUCCUGCAGGUCACUGUGGAGCCCCGUGACCUCUGGCCUCUUCCCUUCACUUAGCAGGAGGGAUAAUGAACAAAUCUGGACAUGAAGGUGCAUUUUUUCCCUCAUUCCCCCCCAAAAAGUCUCAUUCAGAUAAAUUCAUGAGCCUCUGAAAUAUUCUUUAUUUUAGGUUUAUUUAAAGAUCCUAAAAUUGUUCUGCAUUAAAACAAGUCUAAUAAGGAGACACUGAUUAGUGGGUUUCUACAUUAAACCUUCUACCAGAGGAACAGCUGAAAAACCCUCACAUUGUCCUCUUAUGAAAAAAAAAAGGUGAAUAUAAAAAUAAUUUGUAGAAGAAAGUCAAUGUAACGCAUAUGAUGUAAAGUGUUGGAAAACCCACAUGCAUAAAUUUCAUACAUGUUUUCACACGUGGAUCAUGUAAAAAAGACAUUUUUUGUCUCUACUGUUUGUUAAAAUAUUUAUUUUCUGGCAUUAUAUAGGGGCCAUGUCAGCAUGUCUUUCUUUCUGAUAUUAAAGAACA